AAAAUGCACAAGAUUAUUUUUUAAAUUUAAAAUUAGCAAAGAGUUCGAAACAAAACGAUUUCUUACGAAUUAUUAGAUUUCAUCGUAUUGUUAUUUUACACAUUUUCUGAUAAUUCACGUAAAAAUUUACAUAUAUUUUACCGUUUUAUUAUAAAAAGAAAUCAUGGAAUUGCGUCGUAAUCGGCAAUUUUAUAAACGUGGUUCAGUAUACAGGAGACAACGUAGGCCUAAUCCUGUUAAUUUUCAAUCCGCGGAUGACUAUAUAUCUGGAUUCGUUGCCACAGAUCCAACUUAUAACUAUAUUUCAUUUAUGGAUAAUUAUAUGGCUUACUUUGUACCACCCUUCUUUCCUCCUAGUUCUUAUACUUUUCAACAUGCAGAAUUUGCCGUUUCAACACGAGACUUGAUGAAUGGUCCCACUUGUUCAUCUUGGAUAAACCGUCCUCCUAGGUUCAGAAAUAUGCAAAGAAUGAAUUAUAGAAGACAAAAGACUCCCAGAUGUAACCGAACCAGAAUUUUCUGGCGUCAAAAGAGUAUAGAUAAAACUCAGACUUCUGAGGAACAAGUAGUCAAGAGAGAAUAUUCAGAACAAGAAGAACUGGAAGAGAACGGAUAUUUUAAUCGGAGAACAAACAGGGGUAGAUCUCGGAAUGAAAAAAAUGUUGGCGAUGAUGAAGUUUCCAUCAGCGCUUUUGCUGAUGUGACUAAUGAAAAGAUAAAUGAAAGUGAUAAAGAAUCAGAAAGCGCAUAUACGGAAAGUAACGGAAGUAAAGAUGAUGUCAAGGUUGAGGAUAAUAUCGAAUUGCCAUUUUUUCGAGAACAAUUAGAAAUCUUCAAACUUCUCAAAGAAUGCGACGAUCGACACGAAAUUAGGAGAAAUUCCGGAAUGAGCUGGUUCGAAAGUGAAGAUAUUCGAUCGGAUCAAUCUGACUCUGAUACUGAGGAUGAUGUCCAAAUUAUUAUUAGAACAUCAAAAUACAAUUCAGAAAAUUUAGCAAAGGAUCAUAAUCAAGAAAAUGUUAAUCCCAAUUUGAAGAAAAGGAAAUCCAAUUCUUUAUGGUUAGACAUUUUCUUAUUGUCGCUAAAGAAAAAGUUAAUACAUACGACUGAUGAGCAAAAAAGAAUUCAAGGAAUGGGGAUUAAGAGUCAAGUACUGAAAGAAAAACUCAAAAAACAUAACAAACGUAAAAAAUAUAAUUAUCAUAAAUCCAAAUUUUCGAUCAAUGCUUUAAAUAAAAUGGACAAUAAAAAUGUCUUUUCGUACUUGAUUAACAAAUCAGCAUUUUCAGAUAAAAUGAAAGAUGAAAAAGUAAAAACGGAUCGAUGGACAGAAAUGGUUGAAAGUGCUAACAGUUCUGAAUUUUUCAGUUUAUGUAGUUUCUACAAUUUUAAGUCUUCACGUAAAGUUUCUGUCGAUUUGAAGAAAGAACAGAAUGCCAUUUUGGAAAGAAAAACAGAAUUUAAACCAAGUGUGACCACAUCUAGACCCCUCUUUCCCUAUAAUAAUAUGACAGAUUUGGAAGGUUCUCAUAAUCAGACAAAUAGUGAGAAAAUUGAAAAACUGGACGAAUACAUUUCGAAGGAAUUCGUUUCAGAAAUGUCGGAAUGGUUCGAUAUUAACGUGAAGAAAGAAUUUUGCAAACAGAAACUCACAAAGUCGCUUCCUAUUGGGUACCAUAAAUGCAUGAUCUCUCGACCUCCAUCUGUAAAACCUAAAGGCGGGUUCGGAGAUGGCACAGAUACAAAAAGAAUCGACCAGAAUAUCGAAAAGUGGUCUGAUCUAGAGAUUACAGAAAGUAAUUUACUGAUGGAGAAAUUAAAACGAAAUGAUUUAGCGAGAAGUUUUGCUUUCGAAAUGAUGAAUUACCUGAAUGAGAUUGAAGAAUACUGGAAACUUCGAGCUGACAGACGACUCCAAUGGCACUUUCAGACCUUCAAUAAAAAACCAGUACAAGAAGUAUUUGAACAUUAUGAUAAAUCUUCGCGACACUCAAUAUUGAACAAAUGCGAAUAUAUGCCUGGAAUUUUAUCUCCUUCUUCAGAAUUUGAAGAUUUUGCUGUAUCUAAUACUUCCGUUUCGACUGAGAUUAAUGAAAUUUUUAAAAAUGUUCAAGAUACUUUGUGUAAAUCAUCUUCCGAAACGAUCGAAAACGAUGAAGAAAAUGAAAACGAAAAAGAUUCUUCAAAAUGAUUGAAAGACAUCGAUUUGCACACAUUUCUGUAUUUAAAAUUAUAUAUGAUUAUACAAAAUUUAUACUAUAAAACAAUAAAUUU